GUAACUGUUUGGACAGUGAAUGGCUGGAUGUGCAUGAGUACACUCCCAGCAGUCCAGAGGGGUUUCGGGCGUCUGUGGACACUAGGUGGGAUGAGACAGGACACCUGCAGCCGGUACUGAUGGCCAACUGGAUGAUAAAGGAUGAUGGCAGUAUUGCUGCGCUGAAUGCCACCGAGCUGCAUGUCCUGGUGCUGUCCACCAACAUGAACCUGUGUGUUCGAUAUACUUUCAAAGACAAACUCCCGAUGAGGAGUCCAUCAGGGGACAAGUGGUCGUUCUCAGCUAACAUGCUGGUGUUGGACCCUGGUCAAAAAUACCAUGUCUCUGUCUUCAACAUCCCCAAACCAGAGAUGGGUCACAGCAUCUAUGAUGUCAGCGCUACUGUCAGCGUACCAGGUGAGUUGAGGUUGAAACCAAGCAGCAACCACUACGGUUAAAAAAAAUGAAACCAACAUGGAAGUUCCUCUAAUGGCCACUAGAGGCUGGCUCCAAGAAUCAGUCAAUCCCCACAGCCCCCCAUGCUAAACUGCACAAC